AUGGUCUUGUCAUUUAUUCUCGUUCAAAAUCGCCAGGGCAAAACGCGCCUGGCGAAAUGGUACGCUCCGUACAGUGAUGAAGAGAAGGUGAAGCUUAAGGGCGAGGUCCAUCGCCUCGUCGCUCCUCGAGAUCAAAAAUACCAGUCCAACUUUGUUGAAUUCCGGCGCAGUACGAAAGUAGUCUAUCGAAGAUAUGCGGGGCUGUUCUUUUGUGUUUGCGUGGAUGCCAAUGAUAAUGAGCUCGCGUACCUGGAGGCUAUUCACUUUUUCGUGGAAGUGCUGGAUCAAUUCUUUGGGAAUGUGUGUGAAUUAGAUCUUGUAUUCAAUUUCUACAAGGUCUACGCUAUCCUGGACGAAGUAUUUCUCGCUGGCGAGAUUCAAGAGACUAGUAAGCAGGUUGUGCUCACGCGACUGGAGCAUUUGGAUAAACUCGAGUAA